UAACGUAACGCUGCGUCGUUUUAUAACCAGUUUCUCUCACCGGUUCAAGCAAGAAAGACGGCGAGACUUGUGGUAGACGCAGAACACGAUGCGAUAAUAAUAAUCUGUAGAGAUAUAAUUUAGGAAGAAAAAAAAAGAGAAGCAACUGAAGAGUUAAGUAACAUAUCGAAGUAGACAAUACAAAACGAAACAGUUCUAUUGAAGGAAUUUUAUUUCAAACACAUUUUUUCUCUAAAAAGUUGCAAAUACGUGUUGAUGCUUGUAAUUAUUUUGAUUUGUUUUGCACCGAAUUAACGUUUUAGGAUAAUUUACGAGCGAUGAGAAAUAUCAUGAAGGCGGUCACGUGUUUUGUCGUGUUUGUUGUUUUUCAAAGUGCUAUGGUCAAAAGCGCUGAAAUCAAAAGGGCUAUGCCCAAAAAAUCUGCGGUCAAAGAUGCUGUGGCCAAAAAUGUUGCGGUCAGUGCGGCCACAAAUGAGGUCAAGAAAUGCCCCAAAGUUCUGAACAAGAUUCCUGUGGAUCCGAAGUUUAAUAUUAACGAGUUUGCCGGAGAAUGGUUUACGGUGACCCGAACCACGUGGGCAUAUGGCGAUAACACGUACGGCUCUAUGACGAUUGAAAUCUUCAAACAGAGUAAUGGCGUCUGGAAGUUCAGAUACUCUGGGAGCAGUGUAAACAAAUGUUUACCAGUGACUGAAUCGACCCUCAAGGAAACCCGCAGACCUGGACACUUCAUAAUCAUGGCUGGCAACACCAUACAAGCUACAUUCAUCGUGUCAUUUACUGACUACAAGGACCUUGCCAUUGUGAUCUACUGUCACAAACAUAGCCGCGGUAAGCCGGCGCAGUGCGAGAAUGACGGCUUCCAGAUUGACAUAAUGUCAAGGACGUUAAAACCCAAGAAAAAGCUGAUAUCAGACUACGUCAAACGGGCGUUAAAACGUUUGUGCGGCAAGGAGGAGGAUUUUAUUGACACAAAACCAGGUGUAUGCAAGAUACCCAAUAUUCUGGAGCAAGCGAAGUUGGACAAGACAAAAUUGGACAAAGAGGUUUCCCAGGCCGAAUCCAGCGACACAUGUGCAGUUGAAAACAUUCCGGUGCAAAAGGACUUCGACCUCACACAGAUGGAGGGUAUAUGGUACGAGAUUGCUAGGACAAGGUUCACAUUCAACAAGUUGGAGUCCGUUGUGGCCUCUCAUCGCCUAGGAGACGACAAGCAGACCAUAAAGAGCUACUACACCGGUACCAUCGUCAACAGCAAUACAGAGGGGGAAGCAUCCAUUCAGUGCAUGACUGCAAUCAAGGGCAUGUCAAAGUCGCGCGAGGGUGCCACCGAUUCAGCGGACAGGGUUGGGCGUAUAGGCUGGGAGGAUAGUGAACAUCAGUGGUCUCCGACCAGGGUCAUCUAUGCGGACGGAGAGUACACGAUGUUCUACGCUUGUUAUUCGGGCGAGACGAACCAGAAAUGCACUGAGCAGGCUAUGGAGGUCACUCUCGCGGGGAAGUCUCGCGAAAUCUCACAAGAGAAAAAAGACGCGAUUUACAGUAUACUGCCAAGUGUCUGCGUGAGCCCAGCCGAUAUGAAGGACACGAAGUUCCUUGCCGAUUGUACAAGCUGGGUUGAUAUCAAGGAAGAGAAUGAUCUGAACCGAUGUCUGUUGGACAAUAUAAAAGUUUUUGCUGAAUACGACUCUGAUCAGAUGAAGGGACGAUGGUACCUAUACGGAUCUAUCAGCUACAACAACAGGACCAGUCUGCAGGGCGUGGUAAUGCACAAGCACGCCGAGGGCAUGAACGAGGUGAUACACACGGAGAUCACCGCAUUUGAUAUGGACGUUCAGGCAGAGGCAGAGGCUGAUAUGCAAGCCGAUGGAUUGCCCAGUCGCAAAUGUGCUUCCUACUCCACGCAAUCACGUGACACAUGUAUCAACAUCGCUGAGUUUGUAACCACAGUACCGGUUGGUGGAGUGAAUGGUUUUGUGUUUACCAAGGUCCUUUACAUCGACGAAUUCAAGCUGGUGGAGUACGUAUGCAACUACCGCGACCAUGAUGGACGCUGCAAGAAGGAGGGAGUCAGCUUCAACGUCUACACAAAGAACGACACGAAAGAGGGCGUCAUGGACGUUGACACGACCUUCACGGCUCUUAUUAAUGAUCUUGCGAAAAGCGCGUGCCUUAACCCGGAGGACUUUCAGAUGGAAUACGAGUGGUGUGACGCGACGGACGCGACCGUCAAAAACAAAUCGGUGAAUGACAAUCCCCAGUGCGACGUUGAUCAGCUGUCCAUCGUCAGUGACAUGGACGAUUACACACCGGAAAUGAUUGUCGGAUAUUGGCAUGAGCAUGCGCGAACCAUCGGAGGCACGUUAUUCACGACGGUGACGUCAACAGUUGCGUACAUAUCGUCUGCGUCGAACGACACGCUGCAAAUAUACACCACUGGUUUCCGGACAGACUCAGUUGAUGCUACCACUGACAAGGCAUGCGCGGAAGUGACGCACACGUCCCUUAUAUCUCGCUGCCGUUCCGCCUCCAGUGGGGAUUAUCUGACAAGAUUCCAGGAGACGGAGGAUUACGCUACGUAUAUUCCGUUUAAGAUCCUGUACUCAGACUACGUGAACGUGCUGGUGACGUACGGUUGUGAGCACAUCCUGCCCGGGGGUCUGUGUGCAAAUGGGGCAGCCCACGUUCGGAUCUGGUCAAGAGACGCGAGUCUGAACGACGAAGCAAGAGAUUUCGCAUACGAGAUGAUUUUCUGGGCCUGUCAGGACCCGCAAAAUGGAUUGACAGUUUUCAACCAUCAAGAGACGGGUAACUGCAUGAGUGCUUUGAAAGCAUAUGUCACUGAACACGAGCUAGCGCAUGUCCCAGCUAAGGACAAGGUCGCCGACACCAAUCAGCAACAAGAUGGCGCAGAUGAGCAGGACGCGAUAGACGCUGCCUUUAACGUGCCCGAUGACGUGUUUUAUGGAGACGUUCAACAAUAAACAACAACAACAUCAUCGCCCUUCACAUGUCUGUUCUAUGCGGAUGAAGAAUACUUAACAUCAAUAUACACAUCAUCGUAAAUUGAGCAUUAGCAAAAGACAAUGUCGCAUUAUAACAUUUUGAUGAUGAUGACUUGUUUCACUUGGACGAACAAUACAUACCAACAAUGACAACACAACUUGGAUUUUCCUUGAUGAUAUGUUUUACGCGGAUAAACAACAAUAUACGACAUUAAACGACAAUAAACGACAAUAUAAUCAAAGACAAAAAACAACAAACGUAUCAAAACAUUGUGAAUUGAAGUUGUAUUUGCAACACCGUUGUUUAUCUGACAAUAUAUACUUUUAUUUACCAAGUUUCUGGUGAAUCAUCGAGAUUUUUGUCUCACCAAUGGUUAAUAAAUAUUGGAGGUCAGAAAAACAAGCACUGAAAAUCGAAGUAAUUAUUAUUUUUUCAUUAUUUUUUAUUAACAACGCUUAUGAUUGAUGCCUAUUUGUUUAUCCAAAUCCCAUAUCUCACACUAAAAUCAGUGUGUAUGUAUAGAAAGUUAAGUGUAUUUUGUAUUAAGAAAAUUUAUUAAAUAUUUUACUAUUUAACUCGGCAUUUAUUUGCUUUACUGUUAUAAUAACUUGCACUUUUAUCUGAUUUGAAUAUGUUGCACACACUAUUUAAUUAUUAAAUUAUAAAGAAAAUAUGUUCAUUAUGGGCAUGCAUCAUUAUACUGUUAUUAUUAAACAAAACUUGUUUUGUACAGCAGUUUCCUCGACCUUAGUUAUUGUUCAGUGUAUAUUUCAUUAUUAGUUUUAACACUUUAUGGACAAUCAAUAUUAAUUUAAAUUGUGGUGUACUUGAUUUAUGAUUUAUGAUGCCUUGAACCAUUUUAACUGUAGAUAAAUUGAACUUUAUUGCAAAUGAACUAUAACAUGGGAUUUAUAUUUAUUUUGUUAAUUGCAAUUGAAUGUAAAAGGGCAAAGAAUAAUAACAUUUUUGCAUCA